AGAUGUAGACCUGAGAGGGUCUGCCUCAUUUCCAGACGGUGACAUUCUCAUCGUGUCCCGCCCACAAGGCUUGGAAUCGUGUCUCCUUUUCACAAGUCUCGCUGGGGACGGAGGGAAUAACAGCGGGACCAUAGAUGGCCCGGACACGGGAGGUUCUUUUUUCUUUUUUCCUGUAGGGUGGAAUGACCAGAGCAGACAGCUAUGCCGCCACCAGCAGACAUCGUGAAGGUUGCGAUUGAGUGGCCCGGUGCUAAUGCUCAGCUAAUAGAGAUGGACCAGAAGAGGCCCCUAUCCUCCAUAAUACGGGAAGUAUGUGAUGGGUGGUCUCUGUCGGGCUCCGAGCAGUUCGCUCUGCGUUAUGCUGAUGGUCCUCAGCUGUAUAUCACGGAGCAGAGCCGCGGUGACAUUAAGAACGGGACAAUCCUUCGAUUAGCAAUUUCCCCAGCUCGUGCUGCCAGACAACUCUUGGAGAGGAUUCAGUCACAUGGUAUAGACGCUCGCCUCGAGGCUUUAAAGGAGCUCGCAAAGCUGUCUGCAGAUCCCACUUUCGCAGCAGAGUUCAUCAAUAUGGAGGGCAUAGGAACGCUGGCUCGGCUGGUAGAGAGUGGCACUCAUUUCGGGGAGAUGUUGGCCUUCACUCUCACCGCUUUCCUGGAGUUGAUGGAUCACGGCAUCGUGUCCUGGGAUCUUAUCUCGCUGUCCUUCAUCAAACAGAUCGCAGGCUAUGUGAACCAGCCCAUGGUAGAUGUGUCCAUCCUGCAGCGCUCCUUGGCAAUCCUGGAGAGCAUGGUCCUGAACAGCCACAGUCUGUACCACCGGGUGGCCCAAGAGAUCACCGUGGGACAGCUCAUCGGGCACCUGCAAGUGUCAAAUCAGGAAAUACAGACCUACGCCAUCGCGCUCAUCAACGCCCUUUUCCUGAAAGCACCAGAGGACAGACGGCAGGUGGAGUAUACUAACCCUCUGGAGCAGCACCUCACUGAAAUGGCGAGCAGUUUGGCUCAGAAACACCUGCGGUCCAUCAUUCUUAACCACAUCAUCAGAGGAAAUCGACCGAUCAAAGCAGAGAUGGCACAUCAGCUGUACGUGCUGCAGGUGUUGACCUUCAACCUCUUAGAAGAAAGAAUGAUGACCAAAAUGGAUCCCAAUGACCAGGCUCAGAGGGACAUCAUUUUUGAGUUGCGUAGAAUCGCCUUUGACGGAGACACUGAUCCCACCGGUACAGAGAAGAGGAAAGCAUUAUACACCAAGGACUACAAGAUGCUAGGAUUCACUAACCACUUGAACCCGGCUAUGGAUUUUACCCAGACUCCCCCUGGGAUGCUAGCUCUUGAUAACAUGCUGUAUCUGGCCAGGGUUCAUCAGGAUACUUACAUCAGGAUCGUCCUGGAGAACAGCAGUCGGGAGGACAAGCAUGAGUGUCCCUUCGGCCGCUGUGCGAUUGAACUCACUCGAAUACUGUGUGAAAUACUCCAGGUUGGAGAGCUGCCUAACGAGGGCUGCAACGAUUAUCACCCCAUGUUCUUCACGCAUGACCGAGCGUGGGAGGAGUUCUUCUGCGUCUGCAUCCAGCUGCUUAAUAAAACAUGGAAGGAGAUGAGAGCCACAGCUGAGGACUUCAACAAGGUGAUGCAGGUGGUCCGGGAACAGAUCACCAGGGCUCUAGCGAUGAAGCCGUCCUCUAUAGACCAGCUGAAGAACAAGCUGCGAUGCCUCAACUAUUCUGAGAUACUGCGUCUGCGGCAGUCAGAGAGAAUGAGCCAGGAUGACUUCCAGUCUCCUCCCAUCAUAGAGCUACGGGAGAGAAUUCAACCCGAAAUCUUAGAGCUCAUCAAGCAGCAGCGGCUCAACCGGUUGUGUGAGGGAAGCUGCUUCCGUAAACUGGGGAACCGUCGAAGGCAAGAGAAGUUCUGGUUCUGCCGAUUAUCUCUUAACCACAAAGUUCUGCACUAUGGGGAUUUGGAGGAGUCACCUCAGGGUGAAGUGCCUUUUGAGCUGCUAAGUGACAAGAUUCCUGUCUCAGACAUCAAGUCUGUGUUAACAGGAAAGGACUGCCCUCAUAUGAAAGAGAAAAGUGCUCUGAAACAAAACAAGGAGGUGCUGGAGUUGGCCUUCUCUGUCCUCUACGAUCCGGAUGAGACCCUUAAUUUUGUUGCACCAAACAAAUACGAGUAUUGCAUCUGGACCGACGGGCUGUGUGCGCUGCUGGGCAGAGAGAUGGGCAGUGACCUGACACGCAGCGACCUAGAUACCCUCAUCAGCAUGGAGAUGAAGCUCCGCCUCCUCGACCUUGAGAACAUCACCAUCCCAGAAGCCCCGCCUCCAGUGCCAAAGGAGCCUAGCUCUUAUAACUUCACCUACAACUACAGCUGAGUCAUAUGUAUACUUCAGAGUGUGCUCGAAAGCCAUGCAUGUAUAUGUUGAUUUAAGAAUAUAUAUGUUUACUCAUCUUUUGAUGAAUUUAGCUGCUUAUAUUUAUAACAGCUGAUUUCUUUAUCUUCUAUCAAGAACUUAACACACGUUUAUGAAGCAGAGUCAGAUUUGAACAAAAUGGGAUCAUAGAUUAAUGGUGAGGUCAAAGAUUAAACUGCUAAACAGACGGGAACCCUGGUAGCAUCUUCAUAUCAUGUAAUUAACAUGUAGAAAAUGGAACUUGCAGUAAAAUAAUGAAAGUGAAGCUAAAUCAGACAGUGUGUAGUAGCCAUGGAAACUGGAGAUGAAAGGCCUUCUGUUGGAGCUUCAACCAUGCUGCUUAUCUAUGGAGUGAAUUUUGUUUAAUUAUUGCUGCAUGCAAAGAACAUGUUUAUAAAUGGAAACUAAAAAGAAUAAAUAAAUACAGAAAUAGAUCUUAAAAAAAAAGUUUUAUUUCUGCAUUAAAU